CCGGAAAGUCGCGUUGUUUGACGUUGAAGGAGCUAAGAAGCUAAGACGCUAAUAGCGAACAACGACCUUCUUUUACAUUAUUCUUACGAUUUAUCCGGUUGCGUUGUUGCGCGGGGCUUACAUCAUUUAAAUCCUUCAAAAAGAGCAUGGCUGCGGACUGGGUGGGGAGUGUGGUCUCCAUCAACUGCGGAGCGACGCUGGGGGUUUACCAGGGCGAGGUGUCGCAGGUGGACCAGAGCAGCCAGACCAUCUCCCUCACGCAGCCCUUUCACAACGGGGCCCGCUGCCCCGUCCCCGAGGUCACGUUCAGUGCCAUUGAUAUAAAGGAAUUAAAGAUUUUAGAUAUCAAAAACGGCAAUAUAAAGACAGCCCCGACUCCACCUGCAAAGGGAAGCCGUGCACCAGUUGCAGUUCCCAAGAGUGACCCCAGGAGUGUGGAGAAACGUAACUCCCCACAACAAUGCUCCAAAAGCUAUGGAGAACGUCAUCUGGAUGCACUUGGGCAGCCCAAAGGAUUUCGUCGAAGACAUAACUCCUGGUCCUCUAGCAGUCGUGGAGCAAACCAAGUGACGCCAAAAAAGAACGGCGUGAAAAAUGGUCAGAUGAAGCACAGGGACGAUGAAUGCUUCGGAGAUGGGGUGGAUGAUGGCCUGGAUACAGACUUUGACUUUGAAGGAAACCUGGCGCUCUUUGACAAAGCUGCAGUUUUCUCAGAGAUCGACACGUCAGAGCAGCGUAACGGGGCCAGGUCACGCGGGACGCCGCAAGACCAGACGCCCUCGCGUUAUCGUCAUGACGAAAACAUCCUGGAGUCUAAGCCGAUCGUCUACAGACAGAUAGUUGUACCACAGCAUGGGGCCAAAGAAUACUGCACAGACUCUGGACUGGUUGUACCUAGUAUUUCCUAUGAACUGCACAAACGUCUGUUGUCUGCUGCUGAACGUCAUGGUCUCACACUGGAGCGACGACUUGAGAUGACUGGAGUGUGUGCCAGUCAGAUGGCACUUACAUUGUUAGGAGGGCCGAACAGAUUCACCCCCAAAAAUUUACACCAGCACCCCACAGUGGCCCUGCUGUGUGGUCCUCAUGUUCAGGGAGCUCAGGGCAUCAGCUGUGGUCGUCACCUGGCCAAUCAUGAAGUGGAGGUCAUAUUGUUUCUGCCAAACUUUGUCAAGAUGCUCGACUCCGUGACCAGUGAGCUCACACUCUUCAGCAAGACAGGAGGGAGGCAGGUGUCCAAUAUCAAAGACCUUCCGGACACUCCAGUGGAUCUCAUCAUUAACUGUUUGGACUGCCAUGAGAACACAUUCCUGAUGGAUCAGCCUUGGUACCGCGCAGCUGCAGACUGGGCUAACCAGAACAGAGCUCCAGUGCUCAGCUUGGACCCCCCUGUAAGUGGGCAGGGCCAUGCGGUCGAGGCUAAAUGGUCCCUAUCGCUAUGUCUGCCACUUUCCCUGGGCGAGGGGGCUGGCAGGGUUUACCUGUGUGACAUAGGUAUUCCUCGCCACGUUUUCCAGGAAGUGGGGAUCAAAUACCAUUCUCCUUUCGGCUGCAAGUUCGUCAUCCCAUUGCACUCUGGUUAAUAUAAGAGAUUUAAGCUUCCAUCUUUCUUGACCAUUUGGUUUUGGGGCCUUUACACUGAUUUUCAGUUAAUUGAGUUUCUGAUUCAACAGGUAAAGCAGAUUUUUCUCAUACUGCAAAGCCAGUGUUGCAUACAUUACAUCUACAGGCAUUAGUGCACGUAGAUUGAGAAAAAAACAUACGUCUUUGUUCAAAUAAAGAUGUCUUGACCACAAGAAGCUGUAGAUAAUGUAGGUAAAUUUAUGAUGGGUAAGUUACAACUAAAGUGCUAAAGAUUGUGUGAUUUUUAAUGUUUACUUUUAAAGUGAGCAAUACAAUCUGACUUUAAACAGAAAAGUUCUAAAUGUCGUUGUAAUUUAUCUACUUCUGAUGGGUUGCUGUAGAUUCAUCAUAUAAAACACAAUGUUGUUAUGUAAGCUCUGACAACUUUCACUGGUGUUUUUCCACUCCUGGAGUCAAUUUAUAAGUCCCGAUGGGGUCCUCACAACUUUGCCAUUUUCUGUAGCAGUCAGCAUGGGUGGGGGGGGACCCGCUUCUGGCUUUCAUGUGCAGCUUUAAGUUUGUGUAUGCUUAAAAUGUAUAGAUCUAGAAAUAAUAAAUGCACUGAAUGCUGAUGAGCCAGGAAAACAAAAAUGGCAGUUAUUAGAUGUAACUCCAGCGUUGUGAGUUCAUAUGUAACCUGUUUCGAGGAGAUUAUCUGGUAUCGUUGAAAGCAGGUCUGAGGAACCUGCAGUUUACGCUUCUUUUUCUUUCUUCAAUCUGUUUCUUGUUGUGGACUCAGAAAGGAGCUACUCUUUUUGAUCUUGAGGAGUCGACAUUUUCGAUCCUGAGUUCAUAUAUGCAAUGUACCAUUGCAGAUUGACUUAUGGUUAAGUAUUUUUGUAAGAAGAUUUUAAAAAAUGAAACGUUGCAUGCAUCCACAAAUUCUGAAAUGGUUCAAAUAUUUGUAAAAGACAAUUUGGCCUUAAUAGUUUUGUUUAAAGCCUUUUUUUUUUUAUUUGCAGAACGUGGUAUGUUUAAAUUUGAUAAAGGGUUCAUGCGAGUGAAUGUAACAUUUCUCAUUUAUAAUGCUGCAUUUCAGAAUCCACAGGAUGAUAUUUUAGAAGGCAGCAGUUUUCUUUUCUUGUGGUGCAAUAAGCCGAACCCAUGACGCAGCUCACAGAAGCUGUUGGAUUCUUAGAAUUGAUUCAUAAUUUGGGCAAAACAAGGUUUUUCUACUCAAUUGUAGUUUGGUAACUGAUGAAGGGCUGUGCUGUACUGGUCUUUGCCAUCUCCAGUAUGUACGACCUACCAGUCUGUUUGAAUCGUGCUUGUUUUUCCUGCAGCCCCAUGUAGGUAUUCAUUCCUGUACUACAUUAAAAGGAAUCAACAGGGUCUAAAAACUCAGCAGUUCAUACAAUUUUUUUUCUUUUUGAGUUGCGUUAUGUUAGAGACUUUAAUUUGACUGCACAAUAUUGGCUAUUUUGUUUUUACACCAACGGUAUUGUAAUUAAAAUCUCAAAGUUGAAGUCCAAGCUCUUUUCUUUCUAUGAGCCAAUAAGAUCAGGCCACAAAUUAUAGACGACAGUUUUGAUAUAACAAAGUAUUGUUUAAUUUCUGAUUCAAUUUGACAUAAUUACACUUAAGAAGAGCUGUGUCCUUUGUUCCCAUUUUAGCCAUUGACUGUUUCAUUUUUCUGCUCUUUUUUUUUGGACAAAUUUCUGGUUUCUUUUUUUUUUUCUUUUGAUAUUUGAAGGCCAAACUGAUUGCUGGCUCUUGAACACCACAAACAUUUAUAAAUUGUCCCAUAACUGAGUGUACAAAUAGGGCAUGCAUAAUUUUCAACAUGUCCUUCCCUUUUGAGAAAUGUGCACAAUUUGAAAGCAUUAUGGGGUGGAUAAAGCUCAAAUAGUUCAGGGAUGUGAGGGUUACAGAUCACUUAAAUGUUUGGUUUAUGGUGUUUGUGGCAUCAAGUUAACAUUUAAGAAUUUGUAGGGGGAAAAAUGCCAUUAAGCUGUUUGUGUAUGGAGGGUUUAUAUGCAGGUUGUGGAAAUGUUACUGCCAUGUGCGUUAGUGUGUUUUCUCCAACAUUCCUCUGGCCUGAUGUGUAGAGACACAUCUGUUGAGACAAGUCUGACUUGGAAACUUCAGCAAGUCUAACUGAAUGUCUGCUCGUCACCAGCCACCAGGAGGCAGUAAAACAUUGAGUUUUUAUGCUUCCUCCUCCUUAUUUUGCUGUAGUGGCAACUUGGUGCAAUUUUCUCCAAUGUUUUAUUUACACAAAAUGUGAACAGUUGUUGAGAGCAUGGAAUGUUCUGAGUUUUGACAGGAAAUCACAUGUUUAUCUGAAAAAAAAAAACACGUACUACUACUUUUUUCCUUGUCUCUUUGUUGGGGUUAAAAUAGUGUACUCAUUUCAAAUCUGCAGGGUAAUUUUGGGUGUUGAAUUCACGCAAGAUCAUCCGUAAUGACAUAACAGUUUUUGCUCUGAGUCAUGUUUCUUGGGCUAAAACUCCGGCUCCCAUGUGUCAUGUCUGCAGAUUGAAACAAUUAUUAAAAAAAAAAAAGACUU